UCUCUCUCUUAUUUCACUAACAAAUUUAACUCAUUUCUUUGCGUUCUGUCUUAUUUUUCUUCUUCUGCUACUUUUACUUCUCUCUCUCUCUCUCUACAGUGUUUUCUUAAUUUCUCCGGCGACAUAUUUUCUCUCUUGUCUUGUCACAUCCUUUGACUUACACCGAUCACCGUCAACUUCCGCCGACAUAAUUAGCCAUGGGUCAUUGCUGCAGCAAAAACAUUGCAGUCAACAACGAAACCGUCGCCACCGAUCACAACCUCAAAACGCCCAAUCACGCGGCAUCACCAGCUUCACAACCUACUGGAAAUUCAGUCUCCGGCGUAAGCGAUGCAACUCCGGGAAGAUACACGCCGGCGACGUCGUUCUCCACCAGUCCUUUCAACAGUCCUCUUCCGGCAGGUGUGGCGCCGUCGCCGGCGAAGACUCCGGGAAGAAAAUUCAGGUGGCCUCUUCCUCCGCCUUCUCCGGCGAAGCCGAUAAUGGCGGCGUUGAGGCGGCGGCAGGGGAAGACGAAACCGAAAGACGGACCAAUACCGGAGGAGCAAGGGGGGGAAGGUGGGGAAGGAGAGAGGUCGUUGGAUAAGAGUUUUGGGUAUGGGAAGAAUUUCGGUGCCAAAUUUGAGCUUGUGAAGGAAGUUGGUCGAGGGCAUUUUGGUCAUACUUGUUGGGCUAAAGGGAAAAAAGGUGAACUUAAGGGACAAUCAGUGGCUGUGAAAAUCAUAACCAAAGCUAAGAUGACUUCGGCUAUAGCAAUUGAAGAUGUUAGGAGGGAGGUGAAAAUGUUGAAAGCCUUAUCUGGACAUAGGAAUUUGGUCAAGUUUUAUGAUGCAUUUGAGGAUGUGAAUAACGUCUACAUUGUGAUGGAGUUGUGCGAGGGUGGAGAAUUACUGGACAGAAUUCUAGAAAGAGGUGGAAGAUACACCGAGAAAGACGCCAAAGCUAUUCUUGUACAAAUUCUGAGUGUAGUUGCCUUUUGUCAUCUUCAGGGAGUGGUUCAUCGCGAUCUAAAACCAGAGAAUUUUCUUUUUGUGUCAAAAGACGAGGAUUCUGUUAUGAAAGUUAUUGAUUUUGGUCUAUCCGAUUUUGUUAGGCCAGAUCAACGCCUCAAUGAUAUUGUUGGUAGUGCCUACUAUGUUGCACCUGAAGUGCUCCAUAGAUCUUACAGUGUCGAAGGAGACUUAUGGAGUAUUGGAGUUAUAUCGUACAUAUUGUUAUGUGGAAGUAGACCGUUUUGGGCACGGACUGAAUCUGGAAUCUUCCGCUCUGUGUUAAGAGCAAAUCCUAACUUUGACGAUACACCUUGGCCAUCAAUAUCGCCCGAAGCUAAAGACUUCGUGAAGAGACUUUUGAACAAGGACCACAGGAAAAGGAUGAGUGCUGCUCAAGCUCUAUCUCACCCAUGGUUGAGAGACGAAAGAAAUGUCAUUCCUUUAGAUAUUUUGAUUUACAAGUUAGUCAAGUCAUAUGUGCGUGCCUCACCUUUGAAACGUGCGGCAUUGAAGGCUCUCUCAAAAGCAUUACCAGAGGAUGAGCUUACUUACCUUAGAACACAAUUUAGCCUCUUGGAACCCAAAGAUGGUUGUGUUUCGCUUGAGAAUUUCAGAGUUGCUCUCAUGAAAAAUGCAACUGAUGCGAUGAAGGAAGCAAGGGUCCCUGACAUUCUAAAUUUGAUGGAGCCACUCUCCUAUAAAAAAAUGGACUUCGAAGAGUUUUGUGCUGCUGCAAUCAGUGUAUACCAGCUGGAAGUUCAUCCAGAAUGGGAUAAAAUAGCCACUACAGCUUUUGAAUAUUUCGACGAGACAGGGAACCGAGUCAUUUCGCUCGAGGAGUUGGCACAGGAAAUGAAUUUGGGUCCUUCUGCUUAUGCAUUAAUGGGCGAUUGGAUCAGAAAAUCGGAUGGAAAACUCAGCUUGGUCGGAUAUACAAAGUAUAUGCAUGGUGUCACAAUUCGUAGUUCGAAUACAAGACACCGACAGCAAUGAUGAUUAAAUAUAAAAGGAGAUUUUAUUAUAUUUAUUGAAAUUAGUUUAUGUCUUUCUUUUCUUUUUAAAUUUGAUUUGAAAUAUUUUUUCUUUUUGAAUUUGAAUUGAAAGGAAAAUUGGUACAGAGGGUCUAAGCAAAUUAUUUUUUUUGGGGACAUUGGGGAUUGUAUCAUGAAAAAGUAGAAAGCUAGCUAACAUAUUGUUUUGUUCCUCGUGCAUGUGAUUUGUGUUGCAAAGUGAAAAUUCUCCCAUUUUACAUGUGAGCACAAAUGCAACUUGCUUUCUUGUAAGAUUUCUUGUGAAGAUUGAUGACCCUUGUAUUUGGGUCAACUUUAUCAUACGCCAAUAAGGUAGCACUUUGCUUUGUUC